AUGGAUUUUGUAUACAACCCUAACCUGACCACAUCAGUGGAAUGGGAGAACCAGGUGGACCAGUCUUACUCCCAAGGCGGGCUGAAACUCGUCAACAACGAAAUUGUGAUUCCUUGUGAUGGUCUCUAUUUCAUCUACAGCCAAGUGUCUUUCAGUGUUAGCUGCAGCAGUACUGACGGUUCAGAUCCCAUGGUGCACCUGAGCCACACUGUGAAGCGUUCAUCCAACACGUAUGGCCGUAAGAACACCUACGUGACCAUCCUGCACUCUGUCCGCACUGCCUGUCAAAAGACAGCCAGCAACAAUCCGGAUGAGGACGGGAAUUGGUUCUCAACCAUAUACAUGGGAGCUGUGUUCAGCCUGAACACGGGGGACAAACUGAAGACGGUGAUGGAGGAGAGCAUGCUGAAAAACCUGUCUGCUUCUCCAUAUAAACUUAAGUUUCAGAGGACGCUCUCUGUAAAACCUCUGCCUGUCCUCUAA